AUGUUGCCUAUCAGUCUUUCGUACAUCAUUCCUUUAUUCGCUGUCAAUGAAUCAUACUGGGGUUCUCUAGAAGCCUGGAGCUUCGGACUCAACAUCAUUACAGCAGGCCUAGCAUUCCUUCAAGGAAUUCCACAAAUAGCAUUGACCGGUGCAAUUCUCUUUGGGAAACGAGAAAGAAUCCACAAUUUAGGUAAAAAGGAUACGGAUCUUAUCGCAGCAAGGAAAAUGGAGUUCUGGUUUUUAACCAUCAAUGCAGCAAAGUGGGUUCUGUUAGCAGCGGUUUGGACGACAUGGUUUGGGCAGAGAUUAUACGAGAACAUAAACUUCUAUCUGCCAGUUCUCUGGGUCGUUGGAGCACAAGUAUACCUGGAUUACCUGAUAGUUGGGGUGGAAGAUACUCUAUUGGCUUGGAUGGUUUGGUCGAGUAGACGAAGAGAUUGGGAAACUGAAAGUGUUAUGAGUGAUGGUGGAGUGGAGAAUGGCAGUUUCAUGAGGCCUACAGAGCAGACGCCACUGUUGACAAGCGGGAUGAGAUGGCACGACGAGGGGGGGCAGGAUUGGACUUCUUAG